UCCGGUCCCAGAGUCCGUUAGGUGAAAAGCGAUUUGGAGUGAGUGUGUGUGUGUGUGUGCGCGUGCGUGCGUGUGUGUAGACUUGUAGUGAUGGCGUCCUGUGCGCGCGCUGUGUGGAUCGGACUGAAGCUGCUCUUCAUCGCAGGCUCGGUGUCGGUAAACUGCGCGAGCCGAAGCGACCUUUUCCAAUACGGAGUUCAGUUCGGGGAUCAGACUCUGCAGUCCGGUUCUGAUGAGACUCAGACAGUCCACUUAGACCAAAGUGUCUACUUCUUCGAUCAGCAGUUUGAUGAAGUUUACGUCAACACCAAUGGCUUUGUCUCUGUGGCUAACCCUCCAGCUCAGUCAGAGUAUCUGGGUAAGAUGCCCGCUAGCUUUGGCAUUAUCGCAGCUUUCCUCGGGGACCUUGACACUAGCGAUGGAGUUGGAAAAGUCUACUUCAGGCAGGACACCAGUCCUGAAUUAUUGCAGAGUAUUGGUGACCAGAUCAGCAAGGCUUUUCCAGAAGACAGCAGGCUUGAGCUGAAUCAUGCCUUUGUUGUGACCUGGGAGAACGUAGCAGCUCAGGAAGCACCAGAAAGAGGAGACGGAUCUCCUAAAAAAGGAAACACUUUCCAGCUUGUCUUAGCAUCUACAGAAUCGCACACCUUUGCUAUCCUACUCUACCCAAAAGAUGACAUGCAUUACUUCACCACUCCUUUAGGGGGUGAAAGUCAGGCCAUUGAGGCUGGUUUCAGCCAGGGUCAGAUCCAUGGCUGGUUCUCAACUUCACAGGGCCCUUAUUAUCGCAUCCCCACUAACGUCGAGAACACUGACAUAAGACAACUCACAAAAUUAACAAAUUCUGGCACCCCUGGUGUAUGGGUUUACAAGAUUGGCUCCUCUUACUUUUUCACUAAUAUUCAACCUGGUCGUGUCACCACCGUAAAAACUGUAGAAACACCGAGUGUGUUUAACCAUGAAGCCACUGAAAACGCAGAGCCAAAUUACUCUGGAAGGGGUGAGUUCACAGAGGAUCCAUUUUAUGUAGCAGAAACAACCCCACCUGAAAUAAGCAUACCAGAAAACAUCCCACCAGAGUCACAUGCACCAGAAACAACCUUAGAAAUACUGGAAGAGACUGUCAACAGAGAUGAGUCUCAUCUGACAUACCACAACAAUCCUUCUCUGCAUAACAACCCUCACGGCGUCUACCCGUUACCUCGAGGGCCCAGGCCAAACAACCCGCAGGUGGUGGUUUUGGAAGACCCAGAUGAAGAUAUAAAUGUUAAUGUGUUUUCUUAUUAUGAGAAGUGCGCCAACAACAGACAUAAGUGCUCUAGUUUUGCAGAUUGCCGAGAUUAUGAAACAGGUUACUGCUGCCACUGCAGGCCUGGCUUUUACGGUGACGGGAAGGAUUGUGUCGCUGAGGGCAAACCGCAGAGGAUGAAUGGGAAAGUGAAUGGCAGAAUCUACAUCGGCAGCUCAAGUUCCCCGGUCGAGUUCUCUAACAAUGACUUGCACUCGUAUGUAGUAGUGAAUGACGGACGAGCUUACGUAGCCAUCAGCAGCAUCCCAGCCACCAUCGGUCACUCCCUGCAGCCUCUCUCCUCUCUCGGAGGGGUCAUAGGCUGGGCUUUUGCUCUGGAGCAGCCAGGAUAUGAGAACGGCUUCAGUAUUAUUGGAGGGGUUUUCACUCGCCAGGCCGAGGUGAUCUUUCAGCCGGGUGGAGAGAAACUCACAAUCAUCCAGGAGUUCAAAGGAAUCGACGAGCAUGACCACCUUGUGGUGAGCACUCAGCUGGAUGGGAGGAUCCCAGAAGUCUCUCCUGGUGCCACUGUUCAAAUUGACCCCUACGUCGAGAUCUACCAAUACGCUAGCAACCUGAUCACAUCCUCCUCUACACGGGAAUACACAGUAAGCCCCCUUAAUGGUCCUGUCAAGACCCUGAGCUACCUAUGGAGGCAGAGGAUCACGUUCCAAAGCUGCCAGCAUGGUGAAUCCAUUCGCUCUGUGCCACCCAGCCAGCAGCUCAGCGUGGAACAGGUGUUCGUCAUGUACGACUCGGCCAACCAGCUCAUCCGCUAUGCCAUGAGCAACAAGGUCGGCCCCAUCAGUGGAACCCCACAGCAGAACCCGUGUUAUACUGGAAGACAUGGAUGCGACACCAACGCAGCCUGCCACCCUGGAGAGGGAAACCAUUUCACAUGCCAGUGCGCUACAGGCUUCACAGGAGAUGGACGCACGUGCUACGAUAUUGAUGAAUGCGCCGAGACUCCACAGAUCUGUGGCCCUCACACCAUCUGUAAUAAUCAUCCUGGGACUUUCCGCUGCGAGUGUAUAGACGGCUUCCAGUUCGGCGCCGAUGGCCGCACCUGUGUCCGAGCGCACCACGACAUCGAUCACUGUCAGAGGGGGACACACGACUGUGACAUCGCUGAACGCGCCCGCUGCAGCUACACUGGCAGAUCUGAGUACAUCUGCUCCUGUCUGCCUGGCUUCACGGGAGAUGGCAGAGCGUGCCAGGAUAUUGACGAGUGCCAAACUUCCCGUUGCCAUAGAGACGCCGUCUGUCACAACACACAGGGCUCUUUUACCUGUCAGUGCAAUCCAGGUUUCUACGGUGAUGGCUUCACCUGCACAUCUGAAUCAGUGCGUGAGAAGACUGCAUGCGAGAAACACAGAGAGACAGCCAUGGCUUCCGGUGGAUAUUUCUUCCGGCCACGCCCAUCAGUGGGACAGUAUAUCCCCACAUGUGACCACAAUGGAGAGUAUAUGCCUAUGCAGUGCCACGACAGCAUCGGCCAGUGCUGGUGUGUGUACCCCAGUGGCCAGGAGAUUGCUGGAACCCGAACUGGACCAGGAAGUAGACCCACAUGUACGGAUCAUGUCCCAGUUGGCCCCACCACCAGGCCAGAUGUUAGACCACCACCUCCAGGAGCUAAUCUUCUGUUUGCCCAGAAUGGCAAAAUUGAUCACAUCCCACUGGAUGGCAACAACAUGAACAAAGAGGAGACUAAGACAAUGCUGCAUCUACCAGAUAAGGUGGUGAUCGCCGUGGCGUACGAUUGCCUGGAGAAGAUGGUGUACUGGAGUGAUAUCACACAGCCAUCUAUCAGCAAAGCCAGCGUUCAGGGAGGCGAGCCCACGGCCGUCAUCACAGAAGAUUUAGGAAGUCCUGAAGGAAUAGCGAUCGACCACCUGUCCCGAAACAUGUACUGGACAGACUCCACUCAUGACCGGAUCGAGGUGUCUAGGCUAGACGGACAGCAUCGACGUGUGCUCUUUGACACUGACCUCGUAAACCCCAGGGCCAUCAUCGCUGACCCGGUCAAUGGUCGUCUAUACUGGGCAGACUGGAACAGAGACAGCCCUAAGAUCGAGAUGUCCAACAUGGACGGUACAGACAGGACUGUACUUGUGAAAGAUGAUCUAGAACUUCCCAAUGGACUGUCCUAUGAUCCUCAUACCAGGCAGCUGUGCUGGGCAGACGCUGGGACUCGUAAGGUGGAGUGCAUUAACCCGUACACUCGGGUGAGGAGAAAGGUGGUGGAGGGACUGCAGUACCCCUUCGACAUUGUCUCCUAUGGAAGAAACCUUUACUAUACAGACUGGAGAAGGCAAGCUGUGGUAUCUGUGGACCAUGUGGCAGGGAAAGAGGUGGACGAGUUCCUGCCUCAGAAGAGAUCACGCUUGUAUGGCAUCGCCACCUCGUACCCACAAUGCCCUCAAGCUGAAAGAAACUACUGCUCGAGCAAUAACGGCGGAUGCUCACACUUGUGUCUGCCUCGGCCGGGCGGCUUCACCUGCCGCUGCCCUGACGCCCGGGACCCCACGUGCACCGAGAGAGCUUGAAUGAAGGGUAUGCAAGUGUCACCGAGACGGGACUAAGCAACACGUGUGACACAAGAUUCAAGGGGAAAAAUAAACCAUUGUCUAUUGUAAUUAUGGAGAGACGAUCUGUUUCUUAUCAGCCGCUAAACCCCGCCCCCAUCAUUAAAGUCCUGGGACGCUGCAGAUGUGAUGUAGUAAUGUGUGAAAGAGGAAUAAAUAAAGUUAGACAUGGAUAUGAGUCCAGUAUAAACUGGAGGAGGAGGAGAUCUCAGGAUGAAAUGAGAAGAACAGACCACAGAGAGUUGGGAUGGACUGCAGGAGAAUGAAGGAGAGAAUAUGGUGCUUUUCAAACUGUGACUAAAAAGGGACGUUCAGGGGUCCAUGAGCCGGGGCAAGAAGGUCAAAACUGGUCCAUUUUGCAUCGAAGGUCUUGUUGAUUGUUCAAUUAUUAAAAUCUUUAUAAUUUCAAAUAGUGUCCUGUUACCUGGUUAUGUGGCAAUAACUGUAGUGACAUCAUCGUGUGUGAAAGUCAUUUGGAAACAAAAUAUAGCCAUACACCUUCAUCAUUUUAGCCAGCAAGUAUAUGCCACGUUUGAUUUUCUUUUUCUUUUUGUUUUUUUUUUCUGUGUUUAUACGAUUGUAUAUGGGGUGUGGGGGUGGAAGGGGUGAGUUAAUUAUAGUAUGCGAUUCUCAUUAUAUGAAUUAUUUACAUACAUCAAUAUAAUAGCUACAACUUAUGUUCCACUUUUUAAUUGUAAAGUAAAUGUUAGAUAUAGAGUCACUAUUUUAAAAUAAAAAAACAUAUUUCAGGUUAAAGAAAUGGAAAAAAAAAUGAAAUUUACACACUUUCCCUAAACCCCCAUCUUCCAUCAGCCAUGUGUAGCCAUCAGCCAUGACAUGUUUCUAAUCACAUACAAGCUCGAUUUCUAUUACUCUUAACAAUUUGUAAAGAAACUACAACUACAGCUACCCUGGUGAAGAACAGCCUACUUCACAGAAAGAGCCCAAUUAGACGAUGGAAGAUGACAGCAGACCUUCCUGCUUCAAAUGAAACGCUUUAAUAACUCGAUAAUGGAAUUUAGACACCUUUUGCCAAUCCAUUAACUAUAUUCUUAUUCUUAAGGCAGAACUAAUCAGCUUGCAACUUUUACGAUCCUGAAACUUGUGUCCAGAAAAAUGUAUUGUAAAAAAAAAAAAUGUAUCAGACUCCACCCACAGCUCACGAUCUGUCUGGUGUCUUUGUACACUUGUCUGGACACAAGCUUCAGGAUCUUGCAGGCUGAAAUUUGAUUGGCUAUUUGUGCCACCGGAAAACCAACAUGUAUACACUCUCAUCUUUAUUGAGCAAGAUAGAGUCUUUAUAUUUAAAAACAAAAAGAAAGAAAAGUAAAAAAGUGCAUCAUGACUGAGACUUUGUUGCACAUUGUUUACUGAUAGCAGUAAACCUGAUAAUAUUCAUUAGCCUCAGAGUAUUUAGAUACCGGACAUGUCUUCGGUUAUUGACUACACUUGCAGUAAAUGGGAAACCGUGUUCAUUUUGUUAUUGUUGAACUAUUUAAAGAUGUUCACGUUUACAAGCUUUAAGCUAGAUGCCGAGGUGCUGUCCAUCUGGAUCGAGCACUGCUGGAGAGUGUAUUGGCCUUCCUGACCUCAUCCGCCAUACAGGGCUUCACACACUCGCCAGUUCUGCAUUAGAUAAAGUUGCCAUGUACAUGUUGAUUAUGCAGCUGGGGAGAGGAGGUGGAAAACAUGGGAUCAUUUCCAAUUCAUCCAGCUGUCUAAUAAAAAAAUCAACCAUUUUUUUUUAAAAAAGA